AGGCUGCGGAGGGAGCGGGGAUCCUGAAAGCAUCUUCAGGACCGACCAGGCUAGAGCGCUGCGCACCCAGCCCCUCCCGUCUCCUUCCCGCCUGCGAACUCCAGCAGCGAAGAUGUGCAAAGGGCUGGCAGGGCUGCCUGCUUCCUGCUUGAGGAGCGCAAAAGGUAUGAAGCACCGGCUGGGGGCGCUGCUGCAGAAGUCGGACUCCUGGGAGCACGACUCCUCCCACAGCAGGAGAGACAAGCUGGUGGUCUGUCCGAGGGUGAGCCAAGAGGAAGUCAAAAAGUGGGCUGAAUCGCUGGAAAACCUGAUCCGCCAUGAAUGCGGGCUGGCGGCGUUCAGGGCGUUCCUGCAGUCGGAGCACAGCGAGGAGAACAUCGAGUUCUGGCUCCGCUGCGAGGAGUACAAGCUGACCCGGUCGCCCUCGCAGCUGCGCCCCAAGGCCAUGGAGGUCUACGCGGAGUUCAUCUCGGCCCAGGCGGCCCAGGAGGUCAACCUGGACUCCGGCACCAGGGAGCAGACCCGCCGGAACCUGCUGGCGCCCACCGCCACCUGCUUUGACGAAGCCCAGAGGAAGAUCUUCCACCUGAUGGAGAAGGACUCCUACCGCCGCUUCCUCAAGUCUCGCUUCUACCUCGAGCUGGCCGACCCUGCUGGCCGUGUGUCUGAGAAGCAGAAAGGGACCAAGCGCCCGGCGGACUGCCCCUCUCUGGCCCCCCGGUGCGCCUAACCCUCGCCCGGCGGGCUGCCCCUCUCUGGCCCCCGGUGCGCCUAACCCUCGCCCGGCGGACUGCCCCUCUCUGGCCCCCC